AUGGCUCUAAAGACUUUCUUGACCAGCCUCUUGCUGGCGUCGCCUUUGGCGCUGGCCCAUCCAGGGCACAGGGAGAAGGUGUAUGCGCACUCCGCGCAACCUCUUGAGCGCAAGUCCCUUCGUCACUGCGAAAGGGAGUUCAACGAUCCCGAGUUCAUCAAGAGGACAGCUGAGGGCUAUGGCCGGGAGCUCGCCAGAGUGCGGAGGUCAUUGGGCUAUCACAUGGACGAGUCCAAGCUUGGCCCCCGGGACUACCUCUCGGUCUCACGGAUUGACCACAAGAGCAAUAAGCCGGUGUCGAAGGAUAUGGAUCUCAGCACACUCUUCUCUGACUAUGGGUCGUGCAUGCUGACUCCUGUUGUCGAUCUGGGCCCGCUGUAUGUCCAGGGCGAGGAGGUCAGGAAGAACAUUACCAACGGCGAGCGCGGUAUUCCCUUGACACUCGUCAUCCAAGUGGUCGAUUACUCGACCUGCCAGGUCGUGCCGAACGCUUAUGUCGACAUCUGGAGCGCGAACUCGACUGGUAUCUACGUCGGUGUUCAAGGCUAUCCGGGCAUGGGUGACCCGAACGAUGCGUCCAUCCUGCAGGGAACAACACUUCGUGGUGUCCAGCCGACUGACUCCCACGGCAUUGCUUCCUUCGACUCCCUCUUCCCUGGUCACUACGAGGGACGCGCAACUCACAUCCACACCCUCGUCUACCUCGGUGCCCAGAAGCUCCCGAACAACACCAUUACCGGCGGUCGCGCGGCGCACAUCGGCCAGAUCUACUUCGACCAGUCCCUAAUCUCUCAGGUGGAGUCUCGGGCGCCAUACAACACGAACCGCAUGCCCAUUACACCAAACACGGCCGAUUUCCUCUUUAUGCAGGGGGCGAACGGUGACGACCCGAUCGUGCGGUACGCGCUUGUCGGCAAUGACCUGUCUGAGGGUCUCUUCGCAUGGAUCCGCUUUGGCAUCAACCAGAACGCCAACCACCCCAUCAACCCGGCCGCUUUCUGGACUGAGAAGGGCGGCGUUAUGAACCCUACUGGCCCGAUCUCGCAGAUCGGUGGCGGUGGCGGCUUCUUCCCUGGCUUCCCCGGCUUCCCCGGCUUCCCUGGCUUCCCUGGCGGUGGCGGCAGCGGCUGGCCUUGGGGCUGGUUCAAGAAGCGCGGCGCGAAGGCUGAGAAGAAGAACUAA